AUGGUCGCCCCUAAAGAGGAUAUCCAAUGGGAGUUGGAUGAAGGAAUCCCGCAGGUUGAAGAUCCAUUCAUUCAAAAGUACCUCAACGGCCGCGAGGCGCUCAUAGAACAGGAACACAAGCAAAGACAUGAUUUUACCUUUCGCAACUCCAUGUCUAUUGUUGCCCAGGAGGCCUGUAGGAUUGUGUCCACCAUACGAGAGAAAGAGCUGCGCGAUGUAUGGACCAAGGAAAAGGGAAGGCUCGACGAAGAACUUCUUUAUCCAGGGAUGAUGUUUACUGCUGCUCGUGAGCGCAUGGAGCAGACAAAACUAUGGAAAAUUCUAGAGCGGAUGCCCAAAGGCGCUCUUUUACACGCGCAUAUGGACGCCAUGUUUGACCUUGACUUUUUGAUUGAUCAGUCUCUCCAGACGCCAGGCAUGCACAUAUCUGCUCCUGCCCCAUUAUUAAGUGAUGACGACUUUGACAAAGCUCCAUUUACCUUCCAGUACUCCAACAAACCUCUUGAAGCUUCCGAUAACUUAGAGCCAGUAUGGAGCAAAGGGUACAAACCUUCGUCGCUAAUUAACGUUCAAAAGUCUGUGGACACAUAUCCUCGUGGGGGACAAGAAGGUUUUCGAAAGUGGCUUAAGAGUCGAAUGAUGAUUACUCCAGAACAUUCCUACUAUCAUCAUCAUGGCGUUGAUGCCAUAUGGGAAAUCUUUGGGCGCGUGUUCUCUGUCUUACAGUCUCUUGUAACUUACGAGCCUAUUUUCCGGUCAUGCUUGCAACGAUUGCUUGCACAAUUGGCUAGAGACGGCAUUAGAUACGUUGAUUUCAGACUCGACUUUGGAUGGGAAUGGCGCAAAACGGGAGUUGAAACUCCAGAGGCUGACUACGUCGAGUUUUUCCGUGUCUUCAAAGAAGAAGUUGAGAAAUUCAAGGCCAGUGACGAAGGGAAAGAUUUCUAUGGAGCCAGAAUAAUAUGGACCACGCUUCGAUCUUUCUCGAAUAGGGAAAUUGUUGACAGCAUGGAGCAGUGUAUAAUUGCCAAGAAAGAGUACCCAGAAAUGAUCAGUGGCUUCGAUGUUGUUGGCCAAGAAGAUAGGGGAAGGACGCUUGCGGACCUUGUACCUGUGCUCUUCUGGUUUCGAAAGGUUUGCGCAGAGGAAGGGGUGGAGAUCCCAUUUUUCUUCCAUGCCGGCGAGUGUCUAGGAGAUGGUGAUGAAACUGACAAGAACCUUUACGAUGCAAUUCUACUAGGUACCCGUCGAAUUGGGCACGGAUAUUCUCUGUACAAGCACCCUUUAUUGAUCGACUUGGUCAAAGAAAAGAAAAUCCUCAUUGAAUGCUGUCCCAUAUCCAACGAAAUCCUGAGACUCUCGAACACCAUCAAACAUCACUCUCUCCCGGCACUGCUAUCCCGGGGAGUCGCUGUCUCGCUCAACAAUGACGACCCUGCAGUGCUGGGCCAUGGCAAGAAUGGACUUACGCACGAUUUCUGGCAAACGCUCCAAGGCCUCGAAAAUGUAGGCUUGUCCGGGCUAGCCACUAUGGCAGAGAACUCGAUCCGAUGGAGCUGCUUUGAAGACCAGACAGCCGCCGAGUGGCAGGCUGAUAUCCGUCAAGGAAUUGCCGGGCAGGGUGUGAAAGCCAAAUAUUUGCAGGAAUGGUAUCAAGAUUUUGAAAAGUUCUGUCAAUGGGUUGUCCUGGAAUUUGCCGGUGAAUUGGAGGAUUAA